CAGAGAGAAAAUAGGUCUGGAGGGAAGGAUACAACUCUGAGAGUGAGAGCAGCAUCGAGAGGAGGAGACAGUCACAAAAGAGAAGGAAAUAGAUAGAGAGACCAGAGAGAGAGAGAGAGACCAGAGAGAAAAAGCGAUAGAGAGGGGGGCACCGUUUUCUCCUGCAUCGCUGCAAGGACAGACACAGAACUGAGACAGGAGGAGACACAUACACUCACACUGCAUUCUCACCCAGCCCAUCCAGACUGAACAUGACACGCUGGAGAGGCAGAUCUAACAGGACCAUAUAACAGGAUCAUCAGCAUAUUGGACAUUAUGACUCAGUCAUAAAUACUACAGCCUACACAGGUAGAUACCAAGGACUUCCGCAUCAAAAACAAGUUUGACCUCAAAAAGAGGAAGGUUACUGUUCAAAAGAGGACAUGUGAAGGGAAUUUGUUGCUGGGAGAAAAAAAAAACUUGAGGCGUAACAGCAUUACACUCUCGGGGCUGUAUCUGAGGAGGAGGACCGUCGGCACACAGGGGCUGUGCUAGUCUCGUCUCUGACACACGUACAUGUCCUUCUGUGCUUCAGAUCUGCGUUGCUGCUGCUGCUGUGCUGUUCCUCCCAGGACUAUAUCUCACACUAGUGCGACCAGCAGUUUUUUUUGUUGUUGCUCUCCCAGAGUGUAGAGCUGCCUGUGCCCUGGUCCACAGCAGGUUGUGUGCUGAGCUGUGUAGAGGCUGUGCCUGACCAUGAGCGGGACUAAGAAGGGCGAGCUGGCUAUCCGCGACAAAGCCAUCUUCCAUCAGCAGCGGCGUCUGAAGCAGGCCACCCAGUUCACACAUAAGGACUCAGCUGACCUGCUGCCCCUUGAUGGGCUGAAGAGACUGGGCACCUCCAAAGACCUGCAACCCCACAGCAUCGUUCAGCGCCGUCUCCUUGAGGGGAACAUGACUCGCCUGCGGGGGGAGGCAGGGGACCUCAACUCCAGGGUCCGCUCCCCUCUGGCUGACAACAAGGAGGGCGGAGACGUGGAGGAGAGGAGCGAGAGCACGGCGGAUGACUCCACGGAGGAGAGGGAGUCACCGGAGGAGAGCGAGAGGAGCCUCCGGUCGGACGAGGAGGACGACAGCAGCGAGGCCGGGGGGAAAAGUGGCCCGGACGAGGCCAGGCAGACGGCCGGGGCAGAUCAGACUGACGAGGGGACGGAGGCCAGGCAGGGGGUGGCUACCCUCACUGCUCUGCUGGUUCAAUGCAAGUGCUGUGAGACUGAGGUGAGGGCUUCCAUCAACACAGGCAGUAAACACAACCUCAUCUCCAGCUCCUACUGCCAGAGACUUGGGAUGGUGCCCACCCAGGAGGGUCCACCGUGUGGUCAGACAGAGGGGCGUGGCCUGGUCAGCACAGUUAAGGGUCUGCAGCUGCAGCUAGGCAGACAGAUGAUCCAGUGCUCUGCCUAUGUCACAGGUAAAAGAGAAGAUGAGGUGUUCGAGCUAUGCCUGGGUCUUCAGACUCUGCUGGAACUCAAAUGCUGUGUGGACCUGAGCAGAAGGGUCCUGAAGCUGCAGGUUUCAGGAGAAGAGCUGCCAUUCUUGGAGCCGCCAUCUGAGAGCCAACUGCAGCACGACACCAACGAGAACCUGUGAUCCCUGGGAGAGAUCACUUCCUCCCCAGCCGGCCCACGCACACCUCUGAUUGGCUGCCGCUGAAGAUGUGUCGCAGUCCUGAGUCUGGACUGUCCAAUCACAGUGUCUCGCACUGCCAGAACGUGGACAAGCACCCUCAUUAUUUUUUGGUUCACACCAUUGUGUUUGUUUUUGUGCAAUUGAGACAUUUAUAAUGAUUUUCUUCCAAUGUUCAAUUAGUCUAGUUGAUGGAGCUUACAGAGGCUUAGAAUGGAGACAAUCGUUUGUCAAUUACUGAUCAUGACAACCUUGAUUAUCAUUUGAUUUUAACAUACUAUUUGUGAUAUGGAGGUACAUAUUAAUUUACGUUUGCUAGUAAAAUGCCCAAAUGUUGACAUUUCAGUAGAACGCUUCCUCAUGAAAGCUCUCCAGAAGUCCAUGUUCGUGUUUCAAGAGACAAGAAGAAAAGUCUCAGGUUCCUACGUAGCUGUCAAUUAGAAGAGCUUUUAAACAGUCUUGUCAGCGGCUCAGUGAUAGUCCAUGAGUCCUUGCUCUGAGAGAGAACAGUAGUAUAGUAUACUGAUAGUGUUGAACUAUCUUCUCCAGGUGAAGCCCCUUCUCCCUUUCUCUGUCUCAACAGAACAAUGUUAUCUAUUUUCCCAUUGAAGAUCCCCUUAUAUGAAUGUCAUUGUGGCUUACAUAAAAAUGGUCUCUCAGUAACUUGUCCGAAAUGUUAAAGUAGACCUGGGGUGAGACUAGUCCUUGUGAGCAAACAGCAGAAAUCAAAACAUUCCAUCUGCAUGAUUUUGUAGAGGUCUGCUUUUGUAUACAGUCUGCAUGUUUGUGUUACUAUGAGAAUGUUUCACUAUGGUUUGUGUGUGUGUCUGUGUGUGUGCGAGAGAGAGAGAGAGAGCGAGCGAGAGACAGAGAGAGAGGAGAGAGUGUACAUGCAGGGGAGGGGCUUUUCUGUGGUGGGCUUUUCAGUUUCGAUAUGGCUGGUGUUUCACAUGGGAAAAAAGCGAUGCUGUCCCCCCUCCACACACCAAGCUCUGGUGAGGAUAUGCUGCCAAAGCUGAGCCCAGCUGCCUGCCUCUCCUCCUUCAGGGGAAUCAGAGCUGAGGCUGCAUAUGUGCCAAGGCCCUCAUGGAUGUUUGUUGAAGCAUAUUUGUAGCUAUUUUUUCAGUUCAGGAAACAAAUCAGCUUUGUACAUUCUCUCCUCUUGUACCACGUAUCACUGACGUAAUUCAACUUUAAAUGUUUGAUGAUUUGAUCUUCUACAUACAAAGUGCCGUGAAUUCUCCUCUCAUUAGCAGCCUGUUGGAGAGCGGAACCAGACCCUACAGCCUCCCUGCUACGUACAUGACUCUGUCUUGGUCCUUCUGCAUAGUGUGGGGGAAUCAAUGGGAGCCUCAUGAGCUCAAAGAAAGGUCACGCUCUGCUUUAAUAUCUGGACUUGCUCUUAACCCGCCCUGCUGCAAUCUCUGUCUGACCUUCUCUCAAUGGGGGGUCACCCACACAUAGAUUGGCAAAGUUUCGGUAUUCUUUGAUGUACAGUACUGGUGUACUUCCUAAGCUGUGUGAUGGAAAUCGAUGUAUGAAAGGAAUUUAUUUGUUGUGUCGUUUUUUUCUGAAAAGUAUUUUCUCUGCCUAUUAAAAUGUAUUCUGGCUA